AGAUAAUGGAAACUUACGGAGAAGAGGAAGAUAAAAUCCAAGACCACAAGUCUGCCAAGACUAAAGUUUAUUCUUGGGGUAAUGGAAAAGGAGGAAAUCUAGGUAAUGGUUCAAUUGAGUAUGAAGCUCUUCCUUUUAAUGUGAAGGAACUAAACAAGAAGAACAUAGUAAAGAUCCAGUGCGGAGAAUGGUUCUGCCUGGCUCUUUCAGCUAAUGGAAUUUUAUACGGAUGGGGCAAAGCAAGCAGGUCAAGGUUUGAACUCAAGGGAGAUGGAGACAUUGUUUAUAAACCUACAAAGAUUCCUCUCAGUUUUAAAGUUAAGGCCUUCUCUGGGGGAUAUUGGCACUCACUGGUUGUCAGCACUGAGGGACAGGUAUAUUCUGUUGGAGAUAAUAAGAAGGGAGCUCUUGGACUUGGCCAUACUUCUAAUGUUGACGAGUUUACUGAAGUGCCUGAUUUAGAGAAUAUUGUGCAGGUUUCUGCUGGAAGCGGAUUCUCCUUCUUUCUCGAUAAUGAAGGAAAGCUGUUUUCAUGUGGAGGAGGAGCAAAUGGCCAUAAAGGAAAAGGAAAUAUUACUAAGCCAACUGAGAUUACAAUUUUCGAAGAACCUGUUAAAUAUAUCGAUAGCGGAAUUGACCAUGCUGCAUGAAUUACUGAAUCAGGGAAAUUGUAUACUUGGGGAGCCAAUACUUUUAAGCAGCUUGGGCAUGGAUCUUCAAUAUCAACUUCUAAAGUACUGAGUACUCCAAAGGUGGUUUCAGAAUUAGAAGAAGUUAAUAUUGUUAAUGUUUCAUGAUCAAAGGGGCUGAAGCAUUGUCAAACAUCGUGUGUAGAUUCAGAAGGAAGAGCAUACUUCUGGGGGUGAGGAUAUAAAGGAAAGUUGGGCAAUGUUGACGACUGGGUUCAUAUAGCAGAAAGUGAUGAGGAUAAACCGAAAGCCCUCAGAAUGGAAGGAGUUGCAUUCACUGAAUCAGGUGGAAUUCAUUCUAGCCUUGUCGACACUGAGGGAAACCUUUAUACAUUUGGAUGAGGCUCUCAUGGAAGAUUAGGCCAUCCAAGAUAUAUUGAAGGAAAAUAUAGACAUUUAUACAAAGAAAGUCAGCCUAAAAAAGUAGAGUUCUUUGAGAAAAUAGGAAGAAUUAUUGAUUAUUCGUCCACAUAUUCAUCAAAUGUGGCGCUUGUUCAAUUAUUUUAA